AUGGUUGCUGUAGCAAAGACGAAUUUUUUAGCACCAUUAACUGCCUAUGAUAUUAAAUUAAUUCAGUAUAAAGAUGGUUUAUAUAGAUUGCAGGAGGUAAAUAGGAUAAUUGGAGUUUUAGAGAAAAAUUUACAGAAUCCAAAACUGUUAACAGGUAAUAAUCAAGAAUCCAAAUCAACAAGCAAUAAUAUAAUCAUACCACUAUUAAAUUAUAUUCUUAAGCUAUGUGAGGGUCAUGUUUUUAAUAUUCAUCCAUUGAUCAGAAAACAUUAUAUAGCAUUAUGCCAAUUUAAAUUUUAUAAAUCUCAAGAUGUGAAUCUUCCAAUAACAACAACGUUUAUUUCAAGUACCUUUAACUUUGCAAUAGUAAAAGAAGACUCAUUUGAAAGCCAUCGUUUGCAUAUUUAUGAUCAAAAUUUACAGUGGAAAUUAUUGAAUUAUUUGAAGAAAUUAACAUCGCAGACACUUUCAUUAUAUAACAAGAAGUUAAGACAGAUUCAAUUAGAAAAAACCAGUAAUUCUAAUCGACCUUAUGAACUGACAGAAAUAAAUUCAAAAUUCAUAAUUGAUUAUGUGGAAGAUUUAAUACGGCCUAGAGAGGUACCAUUAUCAUUAGAUUUUGCUGUACUAAUAAAAGAUAGAUCAAAAGAUACAAAUUUAUCAUCAUUUUUAAAAUUACAAUAUCAAGUUGUCGAUAAGUUUGUGAAAUAUUUCAAUAAAAAGGUGAUUCCUGCAAUCAAAGAUUAUUAUAAUAAAAUCAAUCAAUAUUCUAACAAAUCCUCCUCCUUUGAUACUUUACCCUUCUCCGAGUACACUUUACACAGAAUAUAUGCAUUGCUUUACAAAUCUUUUGAUCUAUUAUCUAUGCUUAUUAGUCUAGUGAUCUCUAUAUAUCUACCAAAUAAAAAUUAUUUCCAUAAUUGCAAAACAAAAUUAAUAAGUAAAAAUGUCUAUCAAUAUGAACAGAUUUUAGAUAAAAUUGACAAAAUAUCAACUGAGUAUACUAAUCAAGAUUUUUGUAAUUUUAGAGAUGACUUGGACUCAUUUACUGAAAAUAACAUAAAUUACAUUGCUAAUGAUGAAGUUGGUAUAAAUGCUGUAGCUGUUCUUCAUAAAAAAUUUACUAUAAAACAUAUCCAAUUAAUGAAGUCUGAUUUAAGUUGGGUGACUAAAUGGGCAUCUGUUUGGAAAUACAUCCAAGAGAAUAUUGAAACUUUAGAGGAGUUUAAAGAUUAUGAAGAUGAUCAAUUAAACAGGAUGUUGUUGGAAAGAAGAUCAGUUGAUAAACUAUCUUAUUUGGAGAAAACUACAGGAAAGCAACAGAAAUUAUUAGAUAAUGAAAAUACUCUAAAUAAUUUUUCUCCACCAUCCACAACAUCAUCUAGUCAUUCUUCAAAGACAUCAUCAAGAACGUCUUCACUUUUACAAUAUAAACUACAAUCAGAGGAUGUUCAAAUAUUGAAUACUAAAGCACAUCAAUCUGUAUUAACGUCCAAAAACUAUGUAUCCAACAAUGGUACAGUACUUUUAUCUUCUCUUUCCUCGUUGUCACCAAAGAAUAAUAAUAAAAGGCAAUAUGUAGAUAAUAACUCCACGAAUUUUUCCUUAGGAAUGUCACCUUUGUCUAAGAGCUCCUCAUAUCCUAGAAAUUCAAGUACUAAUUCUCCAUUAGUGUCCAGAAGGUCAUCAAUUAUUGAUAGAGUUGUUAUACCCACGAAAAAACACGUACAGUCUACAACUUCAAAUGAAAAGAUGGGAUCGUCAACAAUGGUAGCUCAACCUUCUAAAGAGCAAAGUAAGAGUAUACCAAGAAGGUCAUCAUCAGUAAAAGGUAGACCCCGUUCUUCAUCUUUACAAACAGUCAAACAUACUACUACUACAAAAAAUUUUGGUAUGUCAGUCUCUAAUACUAAACGUUCAAAUUCUUUAGAAGCUAAUGAUGCAUUGAAUCAGCGAUUAGUUCAGGAUACAAUGAAAAAGUUAAUGGACGGUGAUUUAAGAAAACAUAUAACACAAAGUAACCAAAGUCUUAAUUUAUCAAGGUCCAAAUCGCCUGGUGGUAAUAGAUCACGUUCAGCUAGUAUAAACAGUGAUAAUUCAAUGACUUUGAAGUUGUCCUCGGAUGAACAGGCAACACCUAAGAUUGUUACUGAAGUAAAUAACAAUUCAUCUAGGAUAGCUUCUCCAUUAAGUACCAAAGUGAAAAUUAUUGUAACUUCUCCUUUAAAGGAGAAAAAGGAUUAUUAUAAUCAUAGUGGUGAAAGAUUACAAUUCAAGGAAUCAGCCAAUCCAAAUUCUACAACAAAACAGAUAUCAGUUGGAUUAGAAGAAGCUUCUGAUAUUACAAGUAAUGCUGCAUCAAACGAUAAUAUUAUUGCUAACUUCACGACACCAACAGGUAGUGAGAGAUCUAACAUCGUCAAGAAGGUGAGAUUUAUCGGCGUGCCCCCUAUGUUGCCAUCAGAAAAUCCUAGACCGACAAAGCAGGGUUGGUAUAAAAAACCAGCAGUUUUGCAUUAUUCACCAAUACCACUACAAGUAAAUACUGCUUUAAAACAGAAGCAUAAUUUAGAAGGGAUUGUAUUCAGAAAAAGUUUGAGAGAAACUGUUGAGGAAGAGAGGAAACCAAAAACAUUAACUAGUUUAGAUGAAACCAUGCUUCCAAAGAAAACAUCAUCCGCUCAUAAAUUUGGACUUACUUUAAAAGACAAAUUCAGGUCUUCUUAA